UCCUGUCGCUUUCCCUCGCCCUCCAAGUUUUGCGACCUCCACCAAGAGGAGCCGCUUCUCCCCUCGACUACCCUAUAAGCUUUUGCGACGUCUCCGGAACACGCGGCUCCUCCUAUCGUCACUUCUUCGUUCAUCUCUCGCUCGAAGCCUUCGAAGAUGUUGCAGAGCAAAUCCUUCGUCAAGAAAACUAGACAAGGCCGCGUCGUCAAGGUCGUGAGGGAGCACUACCUGAGGGAUGACAUCUACUGCGGGGCGCCGUCCUGCAUGACCUGCAACACCUCGGCCGCUCGGCUCAGCACCUCCGCCUCCACCAUCUUGAUCGUCGACACCAAUGUCGUCCUCAAUCAGAUUGAUUUGUUGGAAAACCCCGCCGUAGACGAUGUGGUAGUGCUGUCGGUGGUGUUGGAGGAGGUGAGGAAUAAGAACCUUGCUGUGUAUAACAGGCUGAAGGCGCUUUGUACUAAUUCGCUUAGGAAGUAUUUUGUGUUCUCCAAUGAGCACCACAAAGAUACUUAUGUGAAAGAGAUGGUCGGAGAAAGCCCAAAUGAUCGGAAUGACAGAGCUAUAAGAGUGGCUGCACGUUGGUACCAAAGUCAUUUAGGUGUAAACACACAAGUAUUACUCAUUACCAAUGAUAGAGAAAAUAAGAGAAGGGCCAUUGAGGAGGGCAUUUCUGCAGAAACUGUUGAAUCAUAUGUAAGAUCUCUUGGGAAACCUGAUUUACUUGACCUGGUUGUUCUUUCAUCAUCUGCUGAUGUUAGCAUGGAAGAUGUUGAAGAUCUCAGACCAUCUAAGAAAAAAGUUAUUUACAGUGAGCACAAGCCCAUGUCAGAAAUUACUUCGGGUCUGCUUCAUGGAGUUUAUCAUCAAGGAAAGCUUCGUGUGAACCGUUAUAAUCCAUUUGAGGCUUAUGUUGGGAGUGAGAGUAUUGGUGAUGAAAUAGUUAUUUAUGGUCGAUCUAACAUGAAUAGGGCUUUUGAUGGAGAUAUAGUUGCGGUUGAGCUAUUGCCUCAAGACCAGUGGCGUGAUGGGAAGUCCAUGAUAAUUGCUGAUGAUGAGGAUGAUGAGGAAGAAGAUGUUCAUUUGGUCCCUAGUAGUGCCGAUGAUGCUCCAAGGAAUGAAAAUCUUGUUCAACCUAGUACUGGAUCUGUGCCUCCUGUGUCAGGUCGUCCGGCUGGGAGAGUCGUUGGAAUUAUAAAGCGCAAUUGGCAUUCUUAUUGUGGGUCUUUGGAGCCAAUGCCUAUGCCUGCAGGUAAUGCUGGUGUGGCCCAUGCUUUAUUUGUCUCCAAAGAUCGUAGAAUUCCUAAAAUUCGGAUUCAAACUCGACAGCUUGGAAAUCUUUUGGACAAAAGAAUUAUUGUUGCUGUUGAUACUUGGGAUUGUUUGUCUCGGUAUCCAUCAGGACAUUAUGUCCGAACAAUAGGAGAGAUUGGGGACAGAGACACUGAAAGUGAGGUUCUGUUAAUUGAGAAUGACAUAAAUACAAGACCUUUUUCAUCACAAGUUCUUGCUUGCUUGCCUCCAUUACCAUGGUCACUGUCAUCUGAAGAUUUAGCUAAAGCCAAUAGAGAGGAUUUGCGGCAUUUGAGGGUCUUCAGUGUUGACCCUCCCGGCUGCAAGGAUAUUGAUGAUGCAUUACAUUGCAUGCCACUUGCAAAUGGAAAUUUCGAAGUGGGAGUUCAUAUUGCUGAUGUCACAAAUUUUGUUCUUGCUGGUACCCCUCUGGAUGAAGAGGCUUCACAAAGGGGUACAUCAGUUUAUCUUGUUGAGCGUCGGAUUGACAUGCUUCCCAAACCUCUGACUGAAGACAUUUGUUCCCUUCGCUCUGAUGUGGAGAGGCUGGCUUUUUCUGUCAUCUGGGAAAUGACACCUGAUACAGAAAUAAUAUCAACAAGAUAUACAAAAAGUGCUAUCAAGUCAUGUGCUGCACUGUCCUAUGUUGAAGCUCAAGCAAGAAUGGAUGAUAGCCGAAUGAUGGAUCCAUUGACUACCGACCUACGAAAUUUGAACUCAUUAGCAAAGAUUAUGAGGCUUCGGCGAAUUGAGAGAGGAGCUCUUACACUUGCUUCUCCAGAAGUCAAAUUCCAAAUUGAUACAGAAACUCAUGAUCCUUUAGACAUAGGUAUGUACCAAAUUCGCGAGGCAAACCAAAUGAUCGAGGAGUUUAUGUUGGCUGCUAAUGUUUCGGUUGCAGAAAAAAUCUUGAGACAUUUUCCUUUGUGCUCUUUAUUAAGGCGUCAUCCUAGUCCCACCAAAGAGAUGCUUGAACCAUUACUGCGGACAGCUGCAGCUGUUGGGCUGGAUUUAGAUGUUUCAUCUUCAAAAGCUUUAGCUGAUUCACUUGAUCGUGCAGUGGGUGAUGAUCCAUACUUUAAUAAGCUCAUCAGGAUUCUGGCAACUCGAUGCAUGACCCAGGCAGUUUACUUCGCUAGUGGAGAUUUGAGCCCCUCUGAAUUUUCCCAUUAUGGUCUAGCAGCACGUCUUUAUACUCAUUUCACUUCUCCAAUCCGCAGAUAUGCAGAUGUCAUCGUGCACCGGUUGCUAGCUGCAGCACUAGGAAUUGCCAAGCUUCCUCCAAUUUUUCUGGAUGGUCCACAACUUACGGGCAUUGCUGACAAUUUGAAUAAUCGACAUCGAAAUGCUCAGAUGGCAAGCCGAGCUUCAGUUGAGCUUCAUACACUUAUAUACUUCAAGAAACGGCCAACAGACACCCAGGGCAGGAUAGUGAAGAUCAAAUCAAAUGGAUUUAUUGUUUUUGUUCCCAAGUUUGGCAUUGAGGGACCAGUGUACUUGGUGCCCAAGGGAGAUAAAAGAGCUGAUUGGGUGGUAGACGAGGCACAUCAGAGAGUGACCAAGGCAGGGUCAAACAUCACCUAUGGUAUUCUUCAGACGGUGAGGAUUCACAUGGAGGUAGUAGAACCACAACCCAACCGGCCAAAGCUCGAGCUCACUCUCAUCUAGGUUUGUGAAACACUGUUCAUGGCAAAUAGGGGGAUCAGUUGUCGAUUCUGUGAAUCUUCCCUGCUGAUAAUGCUGGUCUUCGUUUGCCAUGUCUGUGAAUCCUGUAAAAGAUCGGAUGGGUUAAGUAGCUUCAGGCUAAAAGAUGAUUGUGAUCUCACAAUGUAAGAUUAUUACCUGAAUGUUAGGAUGGACAGAUGGAAUACCUGCCCCCCCCCCACCACUAGGAACAAUAUCAAUUUAAUUACAUUGGAUGACUAUGUAAACUAAUGUUAUGUUGAUAGAUUGCGCCUGGCAUGUGGAAUGUAUCUGAAAUGUUCAAAGGGGUAUGAAAACCCUGUUGCCAUCAAGUUGGUCAUGAUUCAGGUUGAUGGUAUAAAACCGAUCACAGUUUUCCUCCUUA